AUGGAUUUAGCAGUGAAGGGCACGAACUGUUUGUCCCGGAAUGAGAGCGACUGCGGACUGAGCGCCUCCUCCGGUGGAGUGUCCGCUGCGCUGGCCAGCGUGCUGAUCUUCACCAUAGUGGUAGACAUCCUGGGCAAUGUCCUCGUCAUCCUGUCCGUGUACAGGAACAAACAGCUCAGGAAUGCAGGCAACCUCUUUGUGGUGAGUUUGUCCGUAGCAGACCUGGUGGUGGCAUUGUAUCCCUACCCUCUGGUACUGACUGCCAUCUUCCAUAAUGACUGGACCAUGGGUGACCUGCACUGCCAGGCCAGUGGCUUCAUCAUGGGCCUCAGCGUCAUCGGGUCAGUCUUUAACAUCACAGCUAUCGCCAUCAACCGCUACUGCUACAUCUGCCACAGCCUCCAUUACGACCGUCUGUACAGCCUGAGGAACACCUGCUGCUAUCUGGGCCUCACUUGGCUGCUCACCACCCUUGCCACAGUGCCCAACUUCUUUGUCGGCUCGCUGCAGUAUGAUCCUCGUAUCUACUCAUGUACUUUUGCUCAAACGGUCAGCACAUACUACACCAUCUCAGUGGUGGUUAUUCACUUUCUGAUCCCACUGCUGGUGGUCUCCUACUGUUAUAUGAGGAUAUGGGUGCUGGUGAUUCAAGUGAAACAUAGGGUCAGACCAGAGCAAAGGACCAAACUGAAACCAAGUGACAUGAGGAACUUCCUGACUAUGUUUAUGGUGUUUGUGUUGUUUGCAGUGUGCUGGGCUCCACUGAACCUCAUAGGCCUGGCUGUAGCUAUAAACCCAGUGAAAGUUGCGCCCAACAUCCCUGAGUGGCUCUUUGUCACAAGCUACUUUAUGGCCUACUUCAACAGCUGCCUCAAUGCCAUCAUAUAUGGACUACUAAACCAAAACUUCCGCAAAGAGUACAAAAUGAUCCUACUUGCUCUUUGCGUCCCACGUUUCCUCCUUAUGGACACUUCAAAGUGUGCCACAGAUGGACUGAAAAGUAAGUCCUACAUAACAAACAAUAAUGUGGCAGAGAUCAAUGUGUAAACUAUGUUUUACUGGGAAUCCUAGAUAAAGUUGUUUCCAGAGCCUCAUUGUGGAUGUCUGCUAUGACUCAUCCAGUGCCUUUUCACAAGAUGUGUGUCAUGUAAAGAUUUAAUCAUGUUUGAAGAGGACACUGCUGCCAUUACAUCCCUUUAAACCAUUCCAGAUACUACUGUUCCUUCAUGUUGACAGAAAGUCAGAUGUGUCACCGAUACAUUGUGCACAGUGUUUAAGGGCAGACAACUAUAUGGUUAACUAGCAAGAAAAAAAAAGUCCAGAUGAGUUAUUUUCUGUUCUCCAAAUAGGAUUGGCAGCAUGGUGGGUAGUCAGUGUGAGUCAAUACAUACCGUUCAAGUCACUUCCCACUAUGUGUACAUCACAUGCAAGAAUGAAUAAAUGCCUUUUUGCACAGUACAU